AAUGAGCAUGCCGAAUCCGAAUGCACAAAAUUCAAGAUGCACAGGCCUCCAUCACCCAGUAGGAUAGAUUACCGAGAUCAUCUUAAAUCUUCAGUGAUAAAAAGAAGGUUGCGAUAAAAAACGGUUGGAUCCCCUAAAAAAUUGAUAGCUUUAGUCAGAUUUGCACCAUUGGGCAAGGCGGUUGCCGAAUUGAUUUUAAAUUCAACAUUAAACAAAAAUGCCAUCAUACGGGAUAAUCGGUGCCGGUCUAUCGGGAAUCAAUGCAGCGCGACAUGCGCUGGACGCCGGUGGACAGGUGACCAUUUUUGAGCAGACUGAUAAAAUUGGAGGAACGUGGGUUUAUACCGAUGAAACGGAAAAAGACAAAAAUGGUCUGGAGGUGCAUUCAAGUAUGUAUCAAGGGCUUAGGACGAAUCUGCCGAAAGAGACGAUGGGCUUCGCGGAUUUUCCCAUCGGUGAUCAGGAAGAUUCCUAUGUUACAUCGGAAGACGUACUGCAGUUCAUCGUUCGGUAUGCGGAGAAGUUCGACUUGAGAAAACUUGUGAAAUUCGAACACCAUGUGAUUCGUGUAAUUCCGCUGAGAGAAGGUGAAAAGUGGCAGGUCUUGGUGAAAGAUCUAAAAACCGGUGAUUACCAUGAGCACACUUUCGACUUUUUGCUGGUGUGUAACGGGCAUCAUUUCCGGCCACUGUAUCCGGAAAUCGAGGGGCGCCGAAGGUUUAAAGGUUUACAGCUACACAGUCACGAGUAUCGCUGUCCGGAUCGAUUUAGAGAUAAGAAAGUCGUAAUGAUUGGUGGAAGUCACAGUGGGAUGGAUAUUUCGAUUGCUAUAGCGCCAGUUGCCGAAAAAACUGUUCUUAGUCAUCGAUGUGCCCAGCCGCUGAAUAUCUUCUAUGAUAAAGUGAUUCAAAAACCGGAAAUAAUUCGAAUCUAUGAGGACGAAGUUGAAUAUGUUGACGGAACGAGAGAGAAAUUCGAUGUGAUAAUUCACUGCACCGGUUAUAAAAUCGUCUUCCCAUUUCUCAGCGCUGAUUGUGGAAUUUACGUCGAAGACAAUCACGUGAGACGGUUGUUUAAACAUAUUAUCAACAUUCGAUAUCCUACGAUGGCAAUCAUUGGGUUACCUUUUUCGGCUUGUUUCACAUUGAUGGUGGAUUUACAGGUGAGAUUUACGAUAGCAUUUUUCAGCGGAUCCAGGAAGCUGCCGACUCGUGAAGAGAUGCUCACCGAUACGGCGGCCGAUGAAGAGGAACGUAUUUCGAAGGGAUUGAUGGGGAAGUUCGCUCAUAUGUUGGCCGGCGAUAUGCAGCAACGAUACUACGAUGCUUUGGCUAGUACUGCCGAUGUUGAGCCGUUGAAACCGGUGCUGACUAAACUUUACGCGGUUUCGAUAGCCGAGAAAAAGGAGGACAUCAUGAACUAUCGAAAGCACAAGUAUCGCAUUGUAGAUGAUGAAAAUUUCAUUAAAAUAGAAUAG